CAGAGAGACAGAGACAGAGAGAGACAGAGAGAGACAGAGACAGAGAGAGAGAGAGACAGAGAGAGACAGAGAGACAGAGAGAGACAGAGAGAGGCAGCUGGCAGUGGGUCGGGCCGUUAGCCCUCCGUGUACACCAGAUCAUAGGAAAGGCGGGAGGAGACAAUCCUAUGGCCCGCACCCACCCAGUCUAGUACAGUGCCUGACCCUUAUCCUGCCCUUCUGGUGGCUUGGCAGGCGAGAAUGGGCUGAGUCCCAGGCCCUGAAAGGUGUCACAGGGGUGUAGCAACGGGGCUGGGUUCUGUGGGGAGAGCCAGUCCUCCCCUCCAGUCGUUCCCAGAUGUCAUUCUGCCCGCCCAGGCGCUUGGUUCCUGAGUUCCGGGGCAUUCCACGGUUACUAAGUUACUGGUUUUUGUUGACUUUUAAAUAUUUUCUUCUACGGGAGAGGGGGAGGGGGGCAAAAGCCAGGAUAGAGCAAAUAAAAACAGGUCAACAUAAGCCCCCCCUCCCCAAAAGAAAUUUGCCCUCUACUCCUCAUCUCCACCCAAACCAAAGGCCUCUGAAACCCAUCCCUUGGCUGGAGCAACAGCCAGCCAGAACUGACGACUUCCCAGGCCCGGUCUUCAGCUCCCUUUCUGGUGAAUGAGGGCUGGUGGGGGACAGUCCCUUUGUCUCCCAGCCCUGGGUGGACAAAGGGGCUUCCGGAAAGAGAGAAAGAGGAUGGCCAGUGGAAAUGGACUUCCUCCAUCCUCCACCCUGGUGGCCAAGCGUCCCUCCGCCCUGGGGCCAUUCCCCAGAUAUGUCUGGAUCCACCAGGACACACCCCAGGAUAGCCUAGACAAGAUUUGCCAUGAUAUCUGGAAGAGAGUUCAGGGCUUGCCAGAGUCCCUGCAGCCCAGGACCUCGCUGGAGAAGCUCUCGGCUCCCGUGACUGCCACUGUCGGCUUUCAAGAUGAAGCUUUGGAACUGAGCGGUGGCAAGGAUGAGAUCUCCCUGCUGGUGGAGCAAGAGUUCCUGAGCCUCACCAAAGAACAUCUCAUCUUGGUCCAAGAGGGCUCUGGGGAGCUGGCGAAACCUAUUGUUACUCCCCAGGGGACCCGGGAGCUGGCUCCCUGCUUUCUUGUGCCUCCCCUAGGGGCAGACAGCACCGAGUAUGCAGGAUCCUCCAUGAUGGUUGGUGACAAGCUUCGGGAGCAGAAGUUGUCCAUGCCCAUCAUUGGUAGCAGGCAGGACUCUGAUUCUGCCAUGUCUACAGUCACCGGCAUCCUGCGAGCGGCCAAGGUCAAGAGUGUCAAGGGGACUAAGGACAAAGGCCAUAGCCUGGGUGCUUCUAAUUCAGAGAUCAGCAAACUCCUGGCCCAGUUCCCACUGAAGUCGACUGAAAUGUCUAAGGCCCCAGACAACAAGAUGGUGCUGGAAGAGACCAAGGUCAUUAAGGAUUUCCUGCAGAACAGCAUGUUCAAUGGCUCCGGACCCAGGGAGCCCAUGGGGCUGGGCCCGUUCCUGUUGCUGCCACCCCCACCUCCUCCCACACUCCCUGACAAGCUCCCUGAGUUCUCUCCUCCGAAGAGGCAGCUCCCAGUGUUUGCCAAGAUCUGCUCCAAGACGGAGGCUGACCCCGCUCUUGAGGGCCACCACUGGAUUGAACGAAGCCCUGGCACAAAAGAGCUGACCAAAAGUCGAGAGAGCCUCUUCCUUAACCAGUGGCCCCAGAACCGGAAGGACACCUGUGGCGAGGAGGGUCACAGUGACUCAGUGGGCACCAUUUCCAUGACUCUGCCAACCAAGAAGCCCGUGUGGCCAGCAGAGAAGAACCUGCUCUAUGAGUUCUUUGGGGCCACCAAGAACCCCAGUGGACAUCUGAGGCUUCGAACCAAAGUGGAUAUGGAUGGGCUAGAUCUGAAAUUUAACUCCCCUACAACUGUGCCUGAAAAGAACAACAUAAAGUAUGCUGGGAAUGUUUUUGCCCCACGCUUCACCACGGCCUUGACCUCCACCACUCUGAACCAGCCUCUCUGGCUCAAUCUGAACUGUCCUCCUCCACCAGUGUUUUCCAGCCACUCUACCUUCCCGCAGUAUCAGGGCCUGUACCCACAGCGGUCAACAAGGAUGCCCUACCAGCAGCCCGUACACCCACCACUGGGGUGUUUCUCUCGACAGGUGACACCGUACAACCCACAGCAGAUGGGACAGCAAAUUUUCCGCUCUUCCUACACCCCACUGAUGAGCUACAUCCCCUUCGUCCAGCCCAACUAUCCAUAUCCUCAGAGGACCCCCCAGAAGCUGCCUGCCAAUCCCCGAGACCCUCCCCCGAUGGCAGGAGAUGGGCCUCCAUACCUCUUCCCCCAGGGCUAUGGGUUCAACUCGGCGCCCAGCGGCCCCCUGAUGAACAGCCCCUAUUUUUCCUCCAGUGGGAAUGGCAUACGCUUUUAGACUUCUCUCUCUCCUCCUCCUCCUCCUCCUCCUGCACCUUUCUUUGCCCUUGGAUCAGGGCUAAAGGUUCUGGAAUUCUGGAUUCUGCAACAGCUUGGUGUGAAGUUUGGAAAGCCAAGGUUCCAACCAGGAGGCCGACAGAAAACAGCAAGACCAGAUUCCUCUACUGGCCAACACUCACCUGCACUGCACCCCCUCACGUGUAGUGCACACCGCAGACACACCCCCCAUUUGUAAGACCACACAGGCACCUGUAUUUAGCUAACAUGACUGGUUUUUGUUUUUGUUGUUGUUGGUAAGAUAGAAAGUAAGACACUUAAUUUAGAACGUUUGUAUUUUAAGAUAAAACUAUGAGCUGCUUGAA